CUCCUGAGCACGCAGAGGUGCCUCCCGUGUUUAGCAGUCACCACAACUCUCAGGUUUUGGUCGCUUCAGCAGAGUAAGCAGCGCGGUGAAGACCCUCAGCACUGCGCAGACUUUCAAGAGGUGGGGAUCAGAUUUUUUUAUUGUGUGCAAAUCGGAGGCUUUUUUUUAAAAAAAAAAUCCUUUUUGACCGGUGUUCAAAGUUUGGAGGUACUUUCCCCCCUUUUUUUUCUUUUGAAAGCGAGUCUUUUUUUUUCAUCUGACUGUAUGAAAUAUAUGCGGGCAUUUGGAGCUCUGUGACGAGGCCAGCUUGCCCUUUCACGUCCUCGCUUGGGGCUGCAGACACUCCCCAUGGAUUUCGCCAACGACUUUGACUUUAUGAAGUUCGGCGUCAAGAAAGAGACCAUGCAAAGCCUGGACCGCUCCUUCAUCGGCCCGUGCGGCCAGCUGCAGAGGCCGGACUCGGUCUCCUCCACCCCCGGCAGCACACCUUGCAACUCGGUGCCCUCGUCGCCAAACGUCAACCCGAACGAGCAGAGAAACAACCCCGGGAGCGACCAGUUCUGGAUGCCCAACAACAACGGGGGAUACCCCCAUCAGAUGUACCCUCAAGCGUUUGGCCUGACGCCCGAGGACGCGAUGGAGGCCCUGAUAGGGGCCACGACGCAGCAGGGACACCCGUCUGCGCCCCACGGCCACCACCCGCAGUCCUUCCAGCCCGACUACGAAGGCUACGGGCACCUGAGCGAUCCCGUCCAGCACUACCCGGGCCUUCCGGGUCACCCCGACAUGCAGGGCAUCCCCAGCAGCCACUGCCACGACCCCUAUCUGAAAGACGAAAUGGGGAGCGAGUCCCCGGAGUCGCCGGAGGCCCAGCAGGUUCUCGGCGCGCACCACCAGCUCCAGCAGCAGCAGCAGCAGCAGCAGCAGCACAGCCGUCACGACCGGCGGUCCAACGUGGAGAUGCACUUCUCGGACGACCAGCUGGUCUCCAUGUCCGUCAGGGAGCUCAACCGGCUGCUCAGGGGCCUGAGCAAGGAGGAGGUGAUGCGUCUGAAGCAGAAGCGCCGGACCCUGAAGAACAGGGGCUACGCGCAGUCGUGCCGCUACAAGCGCGUCCAGCAGAAGCACAUCCUGGAGCACGAAAAGACGAGCCUUGUGACCCAGGUGGAGCAGCUGAAGCACGAACUGAGCAGGCUGGUCCGGGAGAGGGACGCAUACAAACUUAAAUGCGAGAAGCUGUCCGGGGCGAACUGCUACCACGAAACUGGCUCCACCAGUGACAACCCUUCCUCACCAGAGUAUUUAAUGUGAGUUCGAGCUUCUUCCACGGAGCCGUUUCAAAUUCCCCCCCUUCAGCAUUAAAGCAAUGACUGAAAUGACAGCGAAAACAACCAAAAAAAAAAAAACAUGCAACGAGAAAGGGGGGGUUGCAGUGAUUGCAUGCAUGCUGGUCAUGUAUGAGAUGUUUUUAUUUUAUACUGCCAUAGCUUAUCUUUUAUUUUGACUGAAAACAAGUACUUGAAAUCAGAUUUGCUUUUAUUAGCAUCCAUGUAAUCCUUUAGUUAAUGUUUCAUUUUUAUUGAGGUGAUUUCUCCCCCACCCCCUCCCUCCCUCCCUGCCUUUCUUUAUGUUGCUCAAAUCAUGGUUUGUGUUUAUGCUUUUAGAAGAGAAAAAAAAAAAAGAAAUUAUGCUUAAAAGUUUUAGUCUGUGAAUUAGAUUCUGCUGGACAGUAUCAGCCUUUCUCCUGAAGAUAUAAUUAUACAAAAUCUACAUAUAUGUUGGGUUUUUUCAUCUAUCUGUUCCCUUUUUUUUUUCAUUUAUUUGGAUCAAUAAACCUAAUCUGACAGUUUUAAACCGA